GCAGCACAGUUUCUACAAUGUCCGAACAAGAUUUAUCUGUCUUCCUGCUUCCGUGAUCUCAGUUAAAUUAAAGCCUGCAAUACAAACAUAUGCAAAAUCAUCGACAUAACUAGAUUCUAAUUGUUUCUAUCUCAAUAAGGAACAAGUUGUACCAGUGCGUUUCGUGUGGAGUUUGUUACGGCUUGUCUAAUUUCCAUAAUGAUGGAUCUUAAGCCACGAAAGUAGUUUAAAAAGAAACGUUUAAACACGUAUUGAAGAUGCGAAGCAGGAAGUAAAUAAUCUUGCCUCGUUGUCACGUCAGCACGGUGGCGGAUUCUCCUCCUUGACUCACUGUGUCGACACGAGUUUCACACGUCGUCUGCAGUCGUCUCUUCGCAGCCACCAUGGCAGAGCAAGCAGACGACAGCGUCGCCGUUUGGCAGAAUAAAUGCAAGGAUCUGGAGAAAAUUGUAAAAACCUUGUCCUCACACUGCUUCAAAUUGGUGGAAAAACAUGAAGAGCUGUUGAAGAAAUACAAGGAAAAUGAACAACAGUAUAACCAACUGGCAGAUCGACUGAAAACGACUGAAGAGCAACUCGCCAAGAUGGGAAAAUUAUACGAACCUGUUUACAAUGAAUAUGAGAAGAUCAAAAACAAAUUUGAAAUUGAAAUGGAAUGCCGGCAUCACGCCGAAGAAUAUGCUUCAAAAAUUUCUCGUGAGAACAGGAACCUCAGACGAAUGAGUCAGAUGGUGUCUGCAAAGCAUGGAGUGUCUUUGGUUGAGUUCAACCUGGAAAGCGAGAAUUCAGAGAAUAAAGACACUUACGAAGAGUACUUGGAAACUCUUAAUCAGAAGAUUUCAGAUUUGAAGGAAGAAAAUUCUCAGCUAACUGCAGAACUAAAAAAAUUCAAGGAAGAUUAUCAAAUUGAAAAAGACAAAAAGUUAAAUUAUUCAAAACAGAAUGAAAGGUUAAAAACUGAGGUGAAACAAGUGAAACAUUCUCUUCAGCAAUAUGAAGCAGCUUUGGCAAAUCUUUCUAAAGCAUCUGAUUUAGCUUUUCAAGAGUAUGAAAAGCUGAAAGGAAGCUAUGAAAAGGAAAUUCUUUGCCGUGACCAGGCUGAAAAAUAUGCAUCAACACUGUUUGCUGAAAAAGAAGCUGCAAAGCGCCAGAGUACUAUGUUGCUGAUGGAAGUGGCAUCUGAUCGCAAGCUGAUGAAGGCUAUGGUUGAGAUAGAGGACCUGACUCGUCAACUAGAGCAACAAAAAAGGCAGUAUGAAGAGCAGAUGUCAGACCUGAAAGAGGAGCUGACUAGUUUAAAGGAUCAGGAGUUGCUGACAUCACUGGAGCAAGAGAACCAACAACUUUUGGAGGAAAGGGGCUCACUACAAACUCAGCUUGCAAGACUUGAAUCACAAAUCAAUGAUCUUCGCUCCCAGUACACUAAGCUUUCAGAUGAAUAUGAGAAUAUAGAGAAGAGAUUAGAAGAAGCAACACGACCACCCCCACCUCCUCCUCCACCCCCACUUCCACCACCAACAAAGAAGCUUGGACUUUUUGGUCGGAGAGACAAGAAAAAGGCUGCAGCUGCUGCUGCUGCUGCUGCUGCUUCUGGUGGGAAAAAUGGUUCUAAGCCUGGGGUGCCCACAAAUGAUGACUAUUCAAAAGCAAUUGAUGAAAUGAUGAAGAGGAUCAAGGAUGGAAAACCACUUACACGUGCCCCGAAACAAGUUCGAAGACCAUCAUGUCCAGAUGAGACAGAUGGGUCAGCCAUGAAUGAAUUGAAAGGACUUUUGACAAAUCUGAAGAAAGCAAGCAGUGAAAGUGACUUAGCUGCCCCCAUUCCAGCAGAUCAUGAUGAUUCAGAAUUUGCUAGGGCCUUCCGAAAAAUUAGACGACCCAGUCUUGAAGAAGAAGGACAGGGUGAUAAUGCAGUUAAGUCAUCAGGUAAUGAUGGAGAAAAUCAAACUGAAGAAGUGCAGAGGCGAAAGGGUAAUAUGGCAGGUCCAAAAAAGCUCUCCGUACUUGCAGAAUCAGAUGAGUCUACAGAAUAGCAAAUUUGUUCUAAAGUAUUUGUGGUUUCAAGUUCAGUAGUGUAAUGUAUGAUUUUUUUUUUUUUUAAAUAAUAGAAAGAUGACUAAAUGUGUUAGCUUUCUUUGCUUCCAAUUUUAGGAUGUAAAUUGGUUUAAUUUUGUUUGGUUUUGAUUGAUGUAAACCAUUGACCUAGCUUAAUGAAUCAAUUGACAAGUUUCCUUCAUGAAGUUGAAAAGAUUGAAGAUGACUCAGAUUAUCAUUCUUUAAUAGCUUUUUGUCAAACUGGGUAUAAGGUAUAUAUUAUUUAUGAUAAAAAUAUAACUUGAUAGUAGAUGGAGUGUAAUUUGGCAGGAUAAUUUAUUCAUGAUGCAGACUUCCAGAUUUUCUUUUUUUAAAUCUUUUUAAUAUUUGGAUCUUUCUUUUGACCAAUAUUUUUAAAAGAGAUGGAGGAAGAGAAAAUUAUGUUUUAUCUUUUUUUUUUCAGUUUUGCAGAUCUGUUUUCAUAGAUUGUGAAGUAUUGUUUCUAAAAAAUUGUAAAAUGAUUUUAAUGUUUAUGUACAUAUUUUUUUAAGACUUGAAGUUAUGUGCUAAAACUUUCUGUUCUUGGUUUCAUGUGAAGUUAAACUUAUUACUGAAAAUAUUAAAUUUUUAUCAUUGCUUGUACAAUAAUUGCAUCCUAUGGAUGCAACUUUUAUUGUGAGGCUUUUGAGGCUCCAUACUAAAUGAGAACAAUUUGAAUUAAAUGACUGGUUGAAUGUUUUGAAAAAUUCAAAUAUGGAUAUAACAGAAUGACAGAAAUGUGAAAAAGCUGAUGUCUGACAAUAUUGACUAGCGUAAUUUUGAUACAUAAUUCUAUGAUCAGCAUUCCAAAAGAUAUUAAAACUUAACAAAAUAAAGUAUAUUUUAAUAUUCCAUUACAAGUAAAGGUUGAUGGUGAUGGUGCAAGAACUCAAUGCAAAAUCUGUUGCACCAACCAAGUUUUUGUAACCAUUUUUUAAGCACAAUUGCUCUUUUAUUAAUAAAUCAUCUGCAAUAAGGAUGAACAUUUGUUUCAAUUUUUUAAAAUGAUAUCUGUAGGUAGUAUAUUCAUUAUCAACAGUGUGAUGGCACACCUGUAUAGCCAGCUAGUUAGAAUACCAGUGUCUGAAGCUGGAGGCAUGCCAACUUUAUGCCGGUUGGAUUCCCUUGUGGUGCUGGCAAACUUUCCCCAAUUGAUUCUGCUGUUGAUUUGGUACCUGAUUACCUUAGAUGGCUGGUGAGGGAAAGCCAGUGAAGGAGAAGGGAUGGGCAUGGCCCUCACAAAAAAACACAGUCUAUAACACCUCACUCCCUUGUGACUGAAAAGCUAGGGGGCUGCUUUUAACUUUUGUUUAUUUACUGAUGGGUUGUGCAAACAGAUAUAUGUAUGAAAAUUUCCCACAUCCAAGCAUAGAUUUAAAGAUUCAUUAUUUAAUAAGGUUAACACACCACAGUGAACAAGAAAAUGUAUACCAGUAUUUGAGUUCACAGGUGAACUCUGAGUAACAAGUACAUAAGCAAUGAGUAUCAUUUGGAAAGUGGUUUAUGAGCAACUACUUCAAAGUAAUAUUGUGAAGGUACUUUGCUUUUUAUGGUAUUUUGUCAUCACUUUUUCUUUUGUUCUAAUCAGUGAGUUCCACAUUUGUGUACCUAUUAAAAUUCUAACAUUUUUUCACAUUUACUGUGUAAAAUGUUGAUAAUAUUGUUUUUAUUGUUUGCAUCUUGGCUUUUUGAAAACCCAUCCCCAAUUGAUUUUUAAGAUAACCAGGACUUGAAAUCUGUCUCGGAAGGGGUUUGCCUGCCUGUUUUAUGCACACACACACAACCCACCCACCCGCACAUGUACACCCAUUUUAUGGAAAACAAAGACUGAAUGGUCUUACAAGAUAUGUAGAUAUGACCCAGCUAUAAUCCCAGGAAAGUUAGUGGAUUCUUAGAAGAUUGUGAUGCUUCAGUCUAGAAACCAUCACUAUGUUCUUUAUUUGAUGUGUAUGUAACAGGUUGACCUACCAUUAUCUACUGAGCUCGAAGUGAAAUGUGCUUUCACACACCGACCAGUCCCAGACCACACUCCCCGGCCGCUCACUUCACUCUCUUUCCGCUUUCUCCCCACUCUCUUCCUCCAUCACGGAGCUGUCACCCGGCCAACGACCCCUUCACCCGGCCAGUGACCCUGUCACCCGGCCAGCAACCACCCCCCCAUCACCAGCCCCCACCCUCCUUGUGUAUGUGCGUGCUGUCUUCCAUCCUACUAUAUGUAUGGCAGCUGGUGCUUUUAAUGGCUCUUUCUCAGUGUGAAGUAUACAUAUAUGUUUGUGCGCCCUUCUAAUAUUAUAUGGAGCAUGUAUGUGUGUGCCAGAUUUAAAAUUUUUUUACAUAAGUAUUAUGUGCAUGAAAAGAAAUGGAGUCUGUUCAUUUUAAGAAGCGAAAUUUUUCAAUAAAUUUGCAUGGGAACAGGAAGAUGUUUUAUUACAAACUAUUUCUGGAGAUCCCCCAAUCCUUUCUUUUUUUGAAAAAAGGGCGAUGUAGAGGUAUGCAUCAAGAUAGCUCAUGUGAAAAUUUGUAGCUUUAGAGACUUAAAACAAAGGUCGAGAAUCUCCUGAAGAGUUUGUAAGCUCUGUUGGGGAAGAUAAAAGUGAAAACAUUUUAAGAUGUUGACGAUCAUUUGGGAGAACUGAAAACAAACAACCGUGUACAUGACUGGUGAGGACCACUUUAGCAAGUCCAUUGUAUAUGCAUAAUUUCAUCUGCUGUCAUAAUGGGUUAGGUAGAAAAGUCAAAAUCUGCAUAUUUUGAGGUUUGAUUAUUCACUAUCACUUUCAGUUCACUUUCCUAUUUAAAUAGCAAUGCUUACAUUUUGAAUGCAAUGAGGUAAAAUGGUUAAUAUCAAGGUCCUGUUCCCAAUGCGUUAAAGCCUAGACCUCUGCAUUUUCUCAGCUUGAAAAAUUUGUAUCACACACUCAAAGAGAAAGAGGUAUUUCAGGGACAGAAUGUUGUGGAAGGAAACUAUGUCUUUUACUUUCUUUAAUCUUUCCUGCAGAACUGCAUCAUUGCAGUUUCUAGUUUGGUCACACGAUUGCAGAAUUAAUCAUUUUUGAAGAGAGGAGUGGGUCAGGACAAAAAAAAAAAAAAAA